ACACAGUUUAUCAACUGAAGUCCAAAAUGCUUCUACUGAUUGCAAUUGCACUCGUUUUUGCAAUAUUUGCAAUUACCAAAAUUUACCUAAAACUAACUACAGGAUGGUGUAAAAGUCAGACUUGUUUGGUUGGCAGAACUGCCUUAAUAACAGGGGCAAACUCUGGUAUUGGUUACGAAACCGCUUUGGACUUCGCCAAAAGGGGCGCUGGCGUCAUUUUGGCUUGUCGCAAUGCAGCCAAAGCGGAAGAAGCCCGUUCAAAAAUCAUUUCCGAGACCGGAAAUGACAACAUAAUUGUCAAAAUCGUCGACAUGGCCUCCUUUGACUCGAUCCGAGCCUUGGCCAAAGAAAUCAACGAAACUGAAAGCCGUUUAGACAUUUUGGUCAACAAUGCCGGAAUGUUCGGUCACUGGGGCGAGACCACCAAAGAUGGACUUCCGGUUUUGAUCCAAACCAACCACUUUUCCGGUUUUCUUCUAACAAAUUUGUUGAUGGAUUUAUUGAAGAAAACCCCAAGUCGGGUUGUCAAUGUGUCGUCGAUGGCUGCCCGACAGGCUAGGGAUUUCACUCUGGACAAAAUUUUCAAACACAAUGCGAAAAUGGGACGCGAUUAUGCCUAUUCGAAGCUGUGUAAUAUUUUUUUCACACAAGAAUUGGCCAAAAAACUGGAGGGGAGCGGAGUUACGGCCUAUUCGCUCCAUCCGGGGGUCGUCAAGACGAAUUUUUUUGAAAAUAACACUUAUUUGAAAAUUUUUGCCACAGUUCUUCUGAAUUUUUUCGCAAAAAGUCCGGAAGAAGGGGCCCAAACCACGAUUUAUUGUUCCGUGGCAAGGGGAAUUGAGGGGCACAAUGGAGGCCAUUUUUCCGAUUGUAAAAGAGUCGAAGCUUACAAAACAGCGAGAGAUUUGGGCCUUGCCAGAAAACUCUGGGAAAAAUCGGAGGAAAUUGUCCAUUUGUAAUAUUUUUGAAAAUAUAUGUUUUUUUGUUAACUCUU